AUGAGGGGAUUCAAUUACUGCAGACCGGUAGUUGUUAUCGAUGGUGCACAUCUUCGUGGAGCUUACAUAGGUACAUUAAGCACACUUGAUGGGGCAGGUUGCAUAUUUCCAUUGGCAUAUGGGGUUGUAGACACUGGAAAUGACUGUUCGUGGAUAUGGUUCUUCGAACAAUUCAAAAAUGCAUUUGGCGAGCGUGAAAAAAUGUGUGUUGUUUCUGAUAGAAAUGAGAGUAUUAUGAAGAUUGUAAGAAUUGUGUUCGAAAUUGUACCUCAUUAUGCAUGCAUAUGGCAUCUUUGGAAGAAUGUAUGUGGAAACUUCAAAAGGAGCAGAAACACCAUAAGUGAUCUAUUCUACUCUAUGGCCAAGGAAUAUAGAAAGGAGGAUUUCGAUACAUUAAUGGCUAAAGUGGAUAAAGUUGACGACACGGUAAAGGAGUACCUUGAGGAUGAUGGGUAUGAGAAGUGGUCGAGAGUUCAUUCAACAGUAAAUAGAGAUAGAAUGAUGACUUCGAACAUAGAGGAAUGUAUCAAUGGUUGUCUUGUUGAGGCGCUUGUUCCAUCAUCUGAAUUUAUUUUCCCGGUUUAUGAAGCUGGAAAAAGAUACAUUGUUUGUCUUGAGAGGAAAGAAUGUACUUGUGGUAGAUUUCAACUAGAUGAGAUACCUUGCACACAUGCAAUUGCUAUUUUAAAGGACAAGAAGGUCACAUAUAUGCAUCAUUAUUGCUCUGAUUACUACAAGCCUGAUACAUUAGCAAAAACAUAUGAGGUUCCAAUGUCAGAUAAGGAAGAGUGGUUGGUUCCUAGAAAUGUUUUAGAUGAAACUGUGUGGCCACCUAGAUAUAAAAGAUUGGCUGGAUAA